AUGCGAGAUGAACUUGAUGGCGGUGGUGGAAACUACAACGGCGGCGGCGGCGGCGGCAACGGCAACGGCAGCGUGAACGGUGCUGCGACGCCUGGAAGCGGCAGCAGCAGCGGCGGCGGCGGCGGCAGCGGCGGCGGCGGCGGCAGCAGCAGCGACGAUGGUGGCGGUGGUUUAACGGCGCAUGCGCACGCCACGCGUCCUACGUCGCUGCCGCGUCGCUCGUUGCUCGUUGCUUCGACGAGCGGAUGCACCGUACGGCCUCGUGAAAAUCCACGACAAAUUCCCACCCAGAGUGACACCCAGGUCAUCAUCCUUGUUAUUUACCGAACGUUAAACAAGGAUGACACGACACUCGGAGAACACCCGGGUGGGAAUCCGAACACGCCUUUGGAAAUUAACGCAAUGUACGAAUCUCAAGGUGAAAGCAAUCAGAAAGUGGCACAACCAACCUCACCUGCGGCGACGCUGCACCUGUCGCUAAAAAAGCUUAUAUGCUCUCGCGAUUGUUGA